GGGCCACCGAGACCGACAUUGUUUGCCCCUUGCACAACGAGGGCGCUGUGCAGCAGCUCUCCUGCGUUUGCGCGCACUUGACUCUUCGAAAAUAACUCGUGGGUAGAGCAGGCUAAUGAAGCUCAUUACCUCAAAAUUAAACAAAAUACCCCAUGUGUUGGCAAUGACUUGCAAUAUUAAAGCAUUCUGCUGGGUAUAUUUAAUAAUUUAGAAUAAAAUUAGACAGCCGGUGCUCUUUUCAAUUGAUUGGUAAAGGAUUUCAACCUUUCACCCCUUUUCGGCGAAAAAUAGGCAAACCUGUCCGCACGGUUAGCAUUAUUUUGUUGUAUUUUUUUAAAAAAUGUGAGGGAGAGGGAGAGGCCGGUUUUCCAUGUAGGAAAGGAACUAGUAAUUGCCGCGUUGCUGGAGACUGAAUAAAUUAUGUCAUAAAUCGCAGUCGACUGAUUUGUCGUGGUGUAGAGUAGUGCUGUUAUGAUGUAAACCACGACAAUGCAGCCGGCUACAACACAAAUGGCCGGCUUGCAGUAGCAGACGGACUUCGUUUAGACCAAAAACAUGGACUGCAUUUCGCGUUUAUCGUCUGCGGAUUUUCAACUCGCAGUUUAGUAGCUGCUUCUGCAAACUAAGUGGAUUUCGUAAGCUACAUUUCAUUUAUUCCUGUCGAUGCUAUGUUCCGUUUCUUGUUGCCUUUUCUCGUCGCAUGCUGUCUGCUCGAUUACAACGACUGGUCAACGAUUGGGUGACGUCAGCGAAUGUACACCGAACUCAUUUUGUAAUUGUUCAAACCACGGUAACAGUUUUUUUGUCACGCCUAUGUACUCGAUGAUUGACAGGCACAGGGAGUAUUUAUCUUUGUUUCAUCGCACCCGCCCAAACAGGCUUUAAGACCACAGUGCUGACAGCAGUUCUAUGUGGGUGGUCAGUAAUGGUGGCAUGUACACAGGCAAGUGAGUGGCUGCAAGUCUCAAAACAGGAACAAAAAGUAACAAAGGACUGCGGUGGGAAUCCGGUUUGAGUAGCUUUGCACUUCAGUUAGCAAAAAUAGAUUGAUUAUUUGCUCGGCUGUUUGACACAAGACACCUGUGCCUGUAGGUUUUCCAAUUAAACAGGAAUCAAAGAAGCGGGGAGUGAAGGGCAAGAAAAAUAGAAGAGGGUGUAGACAGCCUUGAAUAAGGAAAAUGGCGAACGGAACGACAGCAGCGACAAGUGAACAACGCUUCUUGCAGCCUUUGUGGGACCUUCGUCUUGGCUACGAGGACUGGCUGAUGUCGCCACUGUUCCCAGUGUUCAUGUCCAUCUUCUUCUACUUCGUGGAGUGCAUUCCUUUUAUGCUGAUCGACAUGUACUGCUGUCACCAGAAGUGGUACCUGAAGUACAAGAUCCAGCCGGACAAAGAAGUCUCCAUACCCCUCGUGUGGGACACGCUGACCCUCACCUUCUGGAACCAUGUCCUCUUCAUCCUACCGGCCGCAAUGGCGCAGUGGGUGUGGCAGCCUCCGACUCCACUUCCCGAGAUGGCGCCGCCUCUGUGGGAGUUUGUCUGGCAUCAGGUGGCAGCACUGCUGAUCUUCGACUUCCAGUACUUUGUCUGGCACUGGACCCACCACAAGGUUCGCUUUCUAUACCGGCACAUCCAUGCAGUCCACCACCGCUACAGCAGCCCCUUCUCGUGGGUGACCCAGUACCUGCACCCUUGGGAACUCAUUACCGUCGGCUUCUUGACGACCACCAACACCUGGUUCUUCAACUGCCACUGCCUGACCACCUGGAGCUACAUGGUGGCGUCCAUCACGGUCAGCGUGGAGGCUCAUAUCGGAUUCGACUUCCCCUGGCUGCUGCACAACAUCAUGCCCUUCGGGCUGUAUGGGGGCUCACCCAAGCACGACAUGCACCACCAGAAGCCGCUAACCAACUUCCAGCCAUUCUUCAACCACUUUGACCGUAUCAUCGGCUCCUACUGCCCUCCCAUGAGCGGCGGCGGCAUCAAGAGCAAAGCACUCUUGGAGUACGAGAGAAAGCAAAGAGAGACAAAGAAGCAGGGUUAGGGUCAGGUCAUAACACAAGCCCUACUGACAAAGAAAAAACCCACUACUGAAAUCUGCGAAUUAUUUAAGAGGAGUUAUUUUCGUACAUCAUAUCUAUUGCUCCAGAACUGAGAUAUUUCAUUUUAAAAGUUGAAACAAAGCAGUGACCAAAUAGUUAACUUUUUUGUUGACCUCCUCGUUAAACUCUUUCGUUUACUUUGUCCUUCCUGAAGGAUCAACUACAAAAUCGAUAUUUUGAGGGUUUUUUUAAGAACGAACAUUAGUUUUAUACUGUCAUUUUAGUCCUCAUCUUUUGGCACAAACACUGACCACAAAUGCGGGUAGUCAUAAAGUUAUUUAGGCAGUAAAUCAUCGUGCCCUAAAAUACUGCAUGAAAUACGGAGGUUAUUGUUUUAUAAAUUGACAGAACACUCGUUAGUUGUUUUUUUCUUAUAAAGAAACAGCCUUAUUAUACUUUAUUUCCAGCUAUUUUACCAUCUAUUCAACUAAUUUAUGGUCUCAGAAUAACGACUAAAAAUGCUCCGGCUGGAUUUUUAAAAUAUGUGCGAUGUUUUCAAACAUUCUAACAGUCCUAUUGAAAAAGAUAAAAGUUAAGCUGGACAUUACAACAGAAACAUGACAGGAAGAGGGUUAGACCUGUCGAGUUAUCCCCCUCUUUUGUAGCCAGUCGGAUUUUAAAAAACAACUGUCGUUUCAAAUCCGUUUCUACCCUCCAUUCAAGCUGCAUAAUGUGUGCACGCCUUUUUGUAUCUGUGCAUGUGAGAAACUAUUUUUUAAAAAUGUUCUUGGCAUUACACAAACUUUUGUUUGUCUUUCUCCUGAUGCAAACUGGGCUGAUGUGACCAUUUUUUGGCCCUUUCCGCAUGACGGAUCUUUGUAUCAUUGCAAGGAUUCUGAUAGGGAAGCCAACGGUCACAAACAGUAACUGUAAACUGCUUGCCCUUGACCCAUGGUACUAUUUUAUCAGAGCGUGUGUCGGCGCCACUGGGGGCUGUGCAUUCAUGACCUGUUCAAUAUAUUGCUACAGUGAGAUAGUGCACCCUACGCCCCACUGUGGAACCUAGACAUUCCAAACCUCGUUUCCCCAUCUUUUUAUACGUUUGUUAACGUACUUUACCCUCCUCUUUCUUUCUUUUUUCAAUUGCCUGGUAUUAUAGAAAUCACUUCAAUUUCUUUAUGUAACUAUCUCAUUAAAAAAUACAGAUUGAUGUCUAAAGAUUUUUAAUAGGUAACGUACUUUGUUCUUUUAUUUAGUAUACAGUUAAUGUGAUUAACUGCCUCUUAUUAUUUAAAAUGUAAAGUUUUAAAAUUAAUUUGAAAGUGUCAAUCUAAAAAGAUGAAAUUUACUUUUAAGAAUCUUUUUGUGCUGUCCAUUUUCUGAAAGAAAAACCUGUGUACUGUAGUUCUUUUUUUUUAAUAAGGCAUUCAGAUGAAACUCAAAUGUUGUAAGAGCAGAUAAAAGAACAAUAAUUUUUCAAUGGUGCUCGUCUUUUUGUGUCACGUUGCUUUGCUGACAUAUUGGAAGCUUCGUUUUAGCGUAGAAUUUUAAAGAUUUGUUUUGAAGAAUAUUUUCACCAGCUCAGCAUAAAUCUCGGAAAAGGCCA